AUGUGUUUUGAGAAUUCGAGUCGUUUCUUCAAGCUGGAGCUGACGGCGCAAGAGUUCUUCUACUUCUGCGAAGUGAGGCACUACGAGAAGUACGCUCAAGUUCGCAUCUGCCAUGCCAAGUUGUUCAACAAUAUCAAUCAAGGAGAUCAAGUAUGGCACAACAAUGUGUUGGAGGUCAGCGGACGGUGCGAAGGGAAUGUUGAUAGCAGGAAGGUUGGCGGUAUGAGCAACGCUCGGGAUAUUCUACUCAAGCCUCUUGUUAACAAGCUUGAAGACCAUGACCUGCUUUGCGAAGUAGUCCGUGCACGAUCUAGUUCACCCGAUGAGAGGCAGAGAGAUGCAAAUAUUCCUCUAAAGGUGAGGUUGGUGGAGGCUAAGAAAGCGAGAGCGUCAUUCGCACUAGCAAAGGGUUCUCAUGCAGUGCUAGCGGCGAACCUCGAGGUGGGCAAGUUCAAUCCUGUCGGAGAUGCAAGCAUAUCUGAUCUGCUCAAGAUGAACUUUCUGUCAAGCAUGUCCACUUGUUCUCAGCUGGUUAAUCAUAUCCGUCAAGCCGGCGAUCUUGAUACCCUAUUCGGAGCUCGUUUGUUGUUACCUCUUCUUCUACUCAGCUCAACAAGUUUGAGAAGAAGAAUGCUGAACUGA